AUGGCAGGCUUAAAAACUUUUGUUCUGGCUUGUGGAUUCUUACUCGUCAUUUUAUCUGGAGCAUUAUAUCAAAAUUGGUGGCCACUUUUUGUUGUUGCAACAUAUGUGUUAGCACCUUUACCAAAUUACAUAUUUUCAAAAUGUUCCGGUAGUGAUGAAUUUUUUAGCGAAAAUGAUAGUAAUAAAAAAGACUUUGGACAAUUCUUGACAGCAAUAUUACUUGUUACUGGAGUUUGUUUACCAAUCGUUCUUGCACAUGCAGAAGUAAUAACAUUUGCGGCAAUGAUUAUGAGUAUUGGAGGAGGUGCAUUGGUAUAUUCAACAA